GAAAUAAAUUACAAUAUGCCGGUAAAGUUUCCUACAUCGCUCUUUCUGCCAGCUGUCGGGCUGCGCUCCCUACAGGGCUCGAACCCUCGACUUGUAAAAUGGCUGGUUGUGGGUCCAUAGACAGCAAGGGCAGUUAUUACGGCAAAAAUAUAAACAUAAUUUAGACAAAUACCGCGGCGUCAUUCAAAAUAAGGGAACCGAAUAUAUUACAUGAAAUGCAGUUAGCAAACAUUGUCCCAGGUUCGAGUGUCGUGUCCAUUGAUGCGCAGUACAUCCACAGAUAUGAAACAGGGGUUGGCUAUUCGGACCUCGGACUGCGCGCAAUGGCGUCUCCCAUAAACAGCGACACUUUUUAUUCCAACAUAAAUACAGUACAAGGAUGGAUAAGGGUUCAAAUGGAGGAAAACAAAUAUGAUGUCGACCCAAACCCGUUGCCAGAUAUUUAACGAAUGUCUUAUUUUGUAUUAGACUAUGGCAGACAAAUGAAAUUCUGAAAUCGAAAGAAAAAAUGGGCUUUACCCCCGGAUAGUAUGAUUUCGCUGACAUCAUGCUCUCUUGAACCCUCCACUGCUGACUGUCGCGUUCAUGCUAUGUGGUAUAUUGGCGACUUUGUUUAGAGCCCGAUUCAGGCAUGUUCCAAAAUGGAUUCUCAACAGACAGGGGUUCUGACCAAUGGUGGCUCAGAUGACAGGAGUGUCGGCCAAUCUUUGAAGAGAUCGGGGACUGUGCCAGAGAUCCAUGAGGAGCCAGUGGACUCCUUGAUCUUAUCCUGCCCACCAGGUAACCUCCAAUAAUGCUCCCUUAAACAGGUGUACUCCAGUACAGGUGUCCAAUCAAAACCUUUUUAGGCCAAACGAGGAGGAGGGGCUGGGAGAGCGCCAGAUGUGAGCGGGACACAGCCAGGAUUGCAGGAACCAGUUGAACUCUGCGGGCUCAACCAACCAAUCACAGUCAAGACUGGACUUCCUGGUGUGUGCGAUCAACCAAUCAGAGUCAAAUCAGACGUUCCUGGAUUGUGCAACAGGCCAAUCACAGACUCUGCAGCUCUCAGCUCUACCAAAGACGUGCCUCCCUCUGAUUCUAAAGGGAGUAGGUUAGAAGCCAGAGCUGUUUGGUCUAGGACCAGUUGAAAUGCCCUGACCUCCACUACUGUGACUGGCACGGGUCAGAUGGAGGAUGUGUGUGUUGAAGAGAUAGAACACACUGAGGAGCCUCUCUACAGGAUGGAGACAGAAGAGAGGGAUGAGAGGAGAGAUGGAGAGAGGGAUGUUACACAAGACAGGAAUUGUAGUCCCAUUGUCCCUGAAACGCCUCUCAUCUCCGACACAGCCAAGGCAGUGAGGGAUGGAGGGAUACGGGGGGAGAAAGAAAGGAAAGAUAGAGAGGAUGAGAGAGUGAUCCCUCUUUUCCUACCCCCUAGUCGAUGUCAUGGUGGAAAAGAGAGACCAGGAGAGGACAGAGGAGAGAGAGCGGAGGCAGGGAAAGGAGUAAGGGGGAGAAGAGAGGAAGAGGAGGGAGAAGUAUUGGAUCUGAGCUUCCCUAAAAAGAGAGAGAUCAAGGAGAGGAGCCUUUGGCAUGAGAGCUCACUGCUUAUGGAGGUAGAUGAGGUAGAGGGGGAUGGAGAUAGGGACAUAGUAGAGGAAGAUGAUGGUGAUGAUGAUGAAGAUGAUUCUAUAUUGAGAAUGGAUGGAGCUGACAUUUUUGGGGGACCUCUCUUGUCUCCCUUGUUCUUCUCUACCUCCGUUUUCACCUCCCUCUCUUCCAUAGACUCUGAAAGUGAAGGUCUUCUCCUGAUAGAUGACCAGGGUAUUCCAUACACACUCACCCCUGAGGGGCACAAAGUGCCCCAAAUGGACUCGUCUAGGCCAGACAAACCCCCCUCAAGCCAGCCAAAGGUGCAGUCCAGCUCAUUGGAGGGAGAGGAUGACAGGUCGUCUCAUAUAACCACAGCAGGGGUCACUUUCCUCAGCCAAAAUUUAGUAAAAACUCCACACACACACAAGGAAAACACAUGUCCCGCUCCUGUUACGUCUAUGAAACCCUCACAGAAGUCAGAACUUCUAAAAAAUACAGAACACUCAAGGAACCCAGAACUCUCACAGAAUGCGGAACCCCCUAAGGUUCUAGAUUCAGGUGUGAAAUCUGUUAGUGAGGCUAGUGCUGCUGUUUCCCAACCCUCUGGUUCUGCUGUACACCUCCAACCCCCUCAGCCCAUCCAGAUCCUGACUAACCCCUCCUCCAACACCCCCAUCCUCCUCUUCCCCUCCUCCCCCCAGCUCUCCUCCAUUCCCCUAACCAAGACUGAUGCCAACCCAGGCCUCCUGGCCUUCUCUCUCUCCCUCUCCCUCACACAGAACACUCCCAGCGCCUCCACCUCUAUGUUCCUUCUCCUCUCCUCAUCCACCACCUCUUCCUCUGGUCAGUCUUUCUCUACCUCCACCCCCAUUGCUCUCAUUGACCCCUCCACCGGUCAGCUCUCCCAAAUCACUGCCUCCUCUUCAUCCCCUCUUUCUCUCUCUCUCUCUUCUGGUCAGUUCGCCACAUCAGGGUCAUCCCUCCCUGCCAAUCUCUCCCACCCAGUUAUUAGAUCGACACCCAACAACUACCCUACCAUCCUAUCAAGAGAGAGUCCCAGCGUUAACCUUCCCGCCCCCCUGACCUCCCCCUCUGUGGUCUCCCCCCCUCCCUCCAAGCAGCCCAGUGCUGAUGCCAGUUCUAAAGCAGUUCUACUCAGCUCACCUCCUCACAAACACACUGAACCAAACUGUUGUGACCCCAACACCGAUCAUCAGUCACUAUGUACUGAAGAAACCCAAAUGGAGUCAGUCCCAAAUGGGUCAUCUCCUACUAAAGCCCCUCCCCUUACACACCCGCAAUCCCCUUCUCUGUCCUUUGACUUUAGUUUGGUGGCAUCCGACCAAUCAAAAGCCCCAGAGUCAAAGCACACCUCCCUCCCAUGGGACGACCAUCUCUACUUCUCCUCCGCCACCGCUCCUCCCUCCCCUCCUCUUGCCCCCAUCUUCCCGUCCAGCGGACCCAGGAACCUGAACCCCCUGGACCCUCUGGAACCCCUGUCCCCAGCCUCCUCUCCCUCCUCUGGGCCACGAAGGGUCCUCUACUGCCCUCUCUGCCCCAGGAUCUUCUACUACCUGUCUGACCUGGAGCGUCACUCCAUCACCCACUCUCAGAACAAACCCCAUGUCUGCCUGCAGUGUGGCAAGGCCUUCAAACGCUCCAGCCAUCUGCAGAGACACAAGCACAUUCACACGGGCGAGAGGAACUUUGUGUGCCCCAUCUGCUCCAAGCGUUUCAGGGAGGCGGGCGAGCUGCAGCGCCAUCAGAGGGUACACACAGGAGAGAAGCCCUACCAGUGCCCGCUGUGCCACACACGCUUCGCCGAGCGCAACACCCUGCGUCGACACACCAGACGCAAACACCCUUACCACCAGGCAGCUAUGGAGAUGCUGUCCGAGAGAGGAGCAGGGGGAGGAGGAAGAGAAGGAGGGGAUGAAGAUGAGGGCACAGAAGAGUGGUAUAGUUCCACUGUGUCCAACUUAGACAACUCUGACUCUGAACCAGAUUCUGAGGUCAUUUCCUGAGGCUGAUCCUCUUGAAUAAAGAAAAUGAGAAGAGGAGGAGGAGAAGGAGGUGGAGAAGGUGGAGGAAGAGGAGAAGGUGAAGGAGGAGGAGGAGAAGGAGGAGGAGGAGGAGGAGGAGGAGGAGGGCAAAGGUGGUGUAGCUUCACUGUGUUCGACUUGGACAACUCUGACACUGAAAGGGAUUGAACGGUACUUUCCAAUGAGACCAUUGGUUAUAUUUAUUUAUUAAUUACUCUUGAAUGUAUUUUAUUUCCAUUUCCUUACAGGGUCCGAAAAUGAUCACUGAUCUCAUAAAUCGUUUCCCAUCAAGUAUUCCUUCGAUUUUCGUCAUUUCCACAACUAUAGGGCAGAAAAUGUUAAUGGAUAUUCUAAAAAGGUCACCCUUUGACAUUCUGCUAUAACAAUACAUUUGCACUACCAAAGUACAAACAAUUAUGUUGUAAAAAACAAUGUUUUAUUGUAAAAUUGUUCUUUAUUACUAUAUUUUUUUCUUCUCUUGUGGGAGCUGUACUUAUUAUUGAGUGAGAUUAUUUAACUUUCUUACUAUUAAAGACACUGUCGUUUGCACUUUUAAAAAGUGGAUUUUGUGUUCAAAUUUGAGAACAAUAGCCUCCAAUUUGUCCUUUUUACAUGGUUUUUACAUUGUGAUUUCUGCUGCCUAUGCCUUCAAAACAAGGUGCCCUAAUUUGUUAAAUGCAUAGAACAGAAUUCUGACCAAUUUUUUGUUGUUGCUGAUUGCACCACUGAUGCAAUUGAAGCUUAUGAUAAAUGCUAAUCAUGUUAACUUAUUUCAGUUAAACCUCCCUGUGUGUGUACAGUGCCUUCAGAAAGUGUUCAUACACCUUGAGUUAUUUCACAUUUUGUUGUGUUACAGCCUGAAUAAAAAAUGUAUUACAAAUAUUAUUUUCUCAUACACACAAUACCCCAUCAUGAAAAAGUGAAAACAUGUUUUGAGAAAUGUUUGCAAAUGUAUUGAAAUUGAAAAUCAUAAAUAUCUAAUUUACGUAAGCAUUCACACACCUGAGUCAAUACAUGUUGGAAUCACCUUUACCAGUGAUUACAGCUGUGAGUCUUUCUGGGUCUCUAAGAGCUUUGCACACCUGGAUUCUACAACAUUUGCACAUGAUUAUUUUUACAAUUCAAGCUCUGUCAAGUUGGUUGUUGAUCAUUACUAGAUAGACAUUUUUAACUCUUGCCAUAGAUUUUCAAGCCGAUUUAAGUCAAAACUGUAUCUAGGCCACUCAGGAACAUUUAAUGUUGUCUUGGUAAGCAACUCCAGUGUAUAUUUUCCUUGUGUUUUAGGUUGUCCUGCUGAAAGGUGAACUUGUCUCCCAGUAUCUGUUGGAAUGCAGACUGAACCAGGUUUUCCUCUAGGAUUUUGCUUGUGCUUAACUUUAUGUCCUGAAUAAAAAAAGUGUUACGUUUGGGGCAAAUCGAAAACA